AUGGCGGAGCAGCACGAUCUCGAGGUUUUGGCGACCGGUGAUGCGGGAGCGUCUGAUGUGACUCCGAUUCAAGCCGGGGCGGUGAAGAAAGGCGUGUAUGUUGUGUUGAAGGGGCAGCCCUGUAAGUGUGUGGAUGUGAGCACCAGCAAAACCGGGAAACACGGACAUGCCAAGGCCAAUAUCGUGGGCCUUGAUAUAUUUACGGGCAAGAAAUAUGAGGAUGUUGCACCAACGAGCCAUACCAUGUACCAACCAGUGGUGGUUCGUUCCGAGUACCAGCUAAUCGACAUCGACGCUGAAAACUUUUGCUCGCUGAUGGACGACAAGGGUGAAACCCGUGAGGACCUCAAGCUCGACCCCGAUAACGAUCCCGUGCAUGCUAAAAUCAAGGAAGACUUUGAAGCCGGGAAACAGCUGACAGUGGUUGUCCUCAAGGCGAUGAAACAGGAAAAAAUCAUGCAGUCCAAGGAGCUGAACGAGUGA